GGAAAGAGCAGGCGGAAGUGACGCAAACCCCCUCGAUGUUGGGUUGGGCUUUUCCGGCUUUCUGUCGCCGUUCAGGGUCUCCGGUUUGGGCUGCCGUGGGACGGAGACAUGCCAUGCCCCGGAAGGGGAAAGCACAGACCAAGGACUUGGUAAAGCCAUCUGUUCCUCCAGUUCCAGUGACGAGGGAUAAAAAUGGUUCCAUUGUUAUUUCUGUUCAUGCCAAACCAGGAGCUAAACAAAAUGCUGUAACGGAUCUGACUACCGAGGCGGUAAGCGUGGCCAUCGCAGCCCCUCCAUCCGAAGGGGAAGCCAACGCGGAGCUCUGUCGCUACCUCUCUAAAAUCCUCGAAGUCAAGAAGAACGAUGUGGUGUUGGAGAAGGGGAGUAAAUCUCGAGAAAAAAUUGUGAAAAUUUUGGCCCCGCUGACUCCAGAGGACGUUUUGGAGAAGCUGAGGAAAGAGAGUUCCAGCUGAAGCUACGCCUAACCAAAGGCUUAAUCAGUUGUUUCUCCAGACGCAAAGAAUGUCUUCAUUUAAGUGUAUAAGAGCUCACAAAUACAAGUGGUGGAGAACCCAACAAGAGAUCUGUAGACAGCUAUAAAGCUUAAUUUAAGAUAUAAAAAACAGGUUCGGUUAUUUUAAUGUCAUAAUAACAAGGUGCAGAGUUAUUUGAAAGAACCUCACUGGGCCCUGAAGAUAACCUUCCUCAGUCCAUCUUGACAUUUUUUUCAAGUAGUUUAGUUCAGGGGUGAAAUCCAACAGGUUCUGACAGAUUCUGGAGAACCAGUAGCGGAAAUUUUGAGUAGUUCGGAGAACCGGCAAAUACCUCUCUAGCUGGUCCCAGAGUGGGGUGGAAAUGGAGAUUUUGCAGUAUCCUUCCCCUGCCACGCCCACAAAGCCACACCCACAGAAUCUAGUAAUAAAAUUUGAAUUUCACCACUGGUUUAAUUUGUUUAGCUGGUCAGGAAGGCAAUAGUCAUUUUCACUGCAUUGAAGGUGAUACAAGAAAGGCAUGAUGUAGCUGUGAUAGAUAUCCCAUCUACAGUAGUGGCCAAAAUUUUGAAAAUCUUUUGGGAAAAGUAUAUUUUCUAGCUAAUAACACCACUUUUUGGGGGGAGUAGUACCAUAAAAUUAUAUAUUAAUGGAAAGAUAAUUUAAUCAAGAAUGUAAUGCAAUAAUGCAGGAUUUGCUAUUAGAGUAGCAGUUACAGUAUAAAGAUCUAUCUACUGGCAUGUGCAUGCUUUCGAACUGCUAGGUUGGCAGGAGCUGGGGUGAGAAGGAGAGCUCAGGUCUCGGAAUGGAGAGACAUUUGGAGUCCCUUAAAUCUCCCCUUCUCACCAUGUUGUGGCUUUUGUUGUUGUUGUCCUGAUGCUAGACAAAAAUGCCUCGCUCCUUUUAAAAGAAAACCGGCUGAUAUUUUGUCAGUUGGACUUCAUGAUUUGUAUUUCAUUUAUUUUAUUCCAUGGAUAUAGCUGCCCGUCUGGCAAAGCGACUGAUGGCCUGUGGUUGCAAGCAGGGGUGGGCUGCUCCGGGUUCACCUAGGUUUGGGCAAUCCUCUAGUGAAGAUUCUGUGUGGUUUGGUGAACUGAUUCCGGGCUUUAUUAUUUACUACUAAUUAAUUAUUUGGAUUAAAUUAUGAUUUUAUUGUA